UUAAUGGGAUAUUAUGAUAAUGCUUACAUAAUUAUUGUGUUGAUGGGUAUAAUGCCAGCUAUUGCAUUUCAUCGGCCAUUUAGAAAAAAUUUUCAAAGUUUUUGGCUAUUACUAAAAUCAUCAUCAGACGAUCCAAGACACAUGAAAUAUUCGAGCUUUUUUUCGAAAAUGAUUGCUUAUCAACUUUUGGACAUUUUCCUGACAUUCGGCGCUCCUGUUAUUCUUCAAUCCGACAAUGGUCGAGAGUUUGUUAACCGUAUUAUAACUGAAUUGGCAUCAAUGUGGCCAGAACUAAAAAUAGUUCAUGGAAAACCUAGACAUAGCCAGAGUCAAGGGUCUGUGGAAAGAGCAAACCAGGAUAUAGAAAACAUGCUCGCUGUUUGGAUGAGAGAAAAUAAAACCACUAAAUGGUCCGCAGGUUUAAAAUUCAUUCAAUUUAUGAAGAACAGGUCUUUGCAUUCUGGUAUUAAACAAUCACCUUACAAGGCUAUGUUUGGCUUUGAUCCUAAAGUAGGACUUUCUACCACUAAAUUACCCAGCGAAGUCGUACAAAAUAUUCAGACCGAAGAUGAUCUGCGCAGUGUCUUAGGCAAUAAUGGAUCAUAUGAAGAUACGACUCAACAAUCAAUUUUUAAUGUGGAAGAUUCAAAUGAUUCUCCAAAAGAAAAUCAACCUUUGGCUUCAAAUGUGGAAGACUUAAAUAAUUCUCGACAAGAAAAUCAACCUUCGGCUUCAAAUGUGGAAGACUUAAAUAAUUCUCGACAAGAAAACAUUUUUUCAGCCAGGAAGCGAGCAGCAGAAGGACUCGAACUUCAAGCAAAGAGAAUGAAAAUAUCUUCCGAUAAAAGUCAUCGUCCAGUUGAAGUUGGAGAUAAUGUCACAAUCCCGAUACCAGAUGUUGACAAGGCCAAAAGCGAUUUCAGAAAUGUAAUUGGUGUGGUUUUAGAGAAAAAAGACGAGCUCCAUAGGAUUGGAACGAGACAAGGAAUUAUAAACAGAUUAUACUGCAGGUCCGAAUUUGACAAAUGUAAGGCAUCCUUUAUUGACGAGCAAGACGUUCCACAAGAUGAAACAAUUUCCUUGCGAAGUAUAGCGACUCAGGAAUCUAAUACUAAUGGACAAGGAUUUACCCGCUGCCACUGUCAGACAUCCUGCAAAACAAAAAGAUGCUUAUGCAGGAAAAAAGGGCUACUUUGUAAUUCGAAGUGUCACAGUAGUUCGACAUGCUGCAACAAAUAACCAGCAAAAAAUAUAUACAAUUAAUUACACAAUACACAUAUACACAAUUAAUUUUUUAAUAACUUUUUCAAUUUGCCUAAAUCGACUUCGGCAUUUCGCGAAAUGCCUAGGAAAUUCACGAAAAUGCCUAGGCAAUUCGGAAAAUACCUAAGAAUGGCCAGGAAAUUCGAGUAAUACCUGAGAUUUUAGGUAUUUCCCGAUUUGCCUAGGCAUUUCGCGAAAUGCCUGGACUUCGGGUUUUACCGGUAACAUAUACAUAUAAAAAAAUACAUAUAUAAAAAAAAUUUUUUUUUUUUUUUACAUAUUCAGGGUAUCUAACAGUGAUUGAGAAAAUAAUUUCCUGAAUUUUCCAUGACUUCUUCCCUGACUUUUUACUAAUUUUAUUUCUGCUUAUAUCAAAAAACCAAAUUUCUUAAAAUUCAACAUUUUUUCUUCUCUUUUAUGGGAUUUAGCUUCAUUAUUUUUGUGCUUUUGGAAAAUACUUUA